CCCCGCGUGCUGCCGGGAUCGCGUCUCUGUCCAUGAGGGGGGGAGGGGGUGGCGCGCGCGCCAUUUCUAGUCGUUUUCAAAGCGCCUCGCGCUGAUUCUCACGGGCCCGGCCGGCGGCCCCAGCUCUGCCCUGCAGCAUAAUAAAAUGGCUAAUCAGGUGAAUGGUAAUGCGGUACAGUUAAAAGAAGAGGAAGAACCAAUGGAUACUUCCAGUGUAACUCACACAGAACACUACAAGACACUGAUAGAGGCAGGCCUCCCACAGAAGGUGGCAGAAAGACUUGAUGAAAUAUUUCAGACAGGAUUGGUAGCUUAUGUCGAUCUUGAUGAAAGAGCAAUUGAUGCUCUCAGGGAAUUUAAUGAAGAAGGAGCUCUGUCUGUACUACAACAGUUCAAGGAAAGUGACUUAUCACAUGUUCAGAACAAAAGUGCAUUUUUAUGUGGAGUUAUGAAGACCUACAGGCAAAGGGAGAAGCAGGGGAGCAAGGUGCAAGAGUCCACAAAGGGACCUGAUGAAGCAAAGAUCAAGGCGUUGCUUGAGAGGACUGGCUAUACUCUGGAUGUAACCACAGGACAGAGGAAGUAUGGCGGUCCUCCGCCAGACAGUGUGUACUCGGGUGUGCAACCGGGAAUUGGAACAGAAGUCUUUGUAGGUAAAAUACCAAGAGAUUUAUAUGAGGAUGAGUUGGUACCCCUUUUCGAAAAGGCUGGUCCCAUUUGGGAUCUACGUCUUAUGAUGGAUCCACUGUCUGGUCAGAACAGAGGGUAUGCAUUUAUCACCUUCUGUGGAAAGGAAGCUGCACAGGAAGCUGUUAAACUGUGUGACAGCUAUGAAAUUCGCCCUGGUAAACACCUUGGAGUGUGCAUUUCUGUGGCAAACAACAGGCUUUUUGUUGGAUCAAUUCCGAAGAAUAAGACUAAGGAAAACAUUCUGGAAGAAUUCAGUAAAGUCACAGGUUUAACAGAGGGUUUGGUGGACGUUAUUCUCUAUCAUCAACCCGAUGACAAAAAGAAGAAUCGGGGGUUCUGCUUCCUUGAAUAUGAGGAUCACAAGUCAGCAGCACAAGCCAGACGCCGGCUGAUGAGUGGAAAAGUAAAAGUAUGGGGAAAUGUAGUUACAGUUGAAUGGGCUGACCCUGUGGAAGAACCAGAUCCAGAAGUCAUGGCUAAGGUGAAAGUUUUAUUUGUGAGAAACUUGGCUACUACAGUGACAGAAGAAAUAUUGGAAAAGUCAUUUUCUGAAUUUGGAAAACUCGAAAGAGUGAAGAAGUUGAAAGAUUAUGCAUUUGUUCAUUUUGAAGACAGAGGAGCAGCUGUUAAGGCCAUGGAUGAAAUGAAUGGCAAAGAAAUAGAAGGGGAAGAAAUUGAAAUAGUCUUAGCCAAGCCACCAGACAAGAAAAGGAAAGAGCGCCAAGCUGCUAGACAGGCUUCCAGAAGCACUGCGUAUGAAGAUUAUUACUAUCACCCUCCUCCUCGUAUGCCACCUCCAAUUAGAGGUCGGGGUCGUGGUGGGGGGAGAGGUGGAUAUGGCUACCCUCCAGAUUACUAUGGCUAUGAAGAUUACUAUGAUGAUUACUAUGGUUAUGAUUAUCACGACUAUCGUGGAGGCUAUGAAGAUCCCUACUACGGCUAUGAUGAUGGCUAUGCAGUAAGAGGAAGAGGAGGAGGAAGGGGAGGGCGAGGUGCUCCACCACCACCAAGGGGGCGGGGAGCACCACCUCCAAGAGGUAGAGCUGGCUAUUCACAGAGGGGGGCACCUUUGGGACCACCAAGAGGCUCUAGGGGUGGCAGAGGGGGUCCUGCACAACAGCAGAGAGGCCGUGGUUCCCGUGGAUCUCGGGGCAAUCGUGGGGGCAAUGUAGGAGGCAAGAGAAAGGCAGAUGGGUACAACCAACCUGAUUCCAAGCGCCGUCAGACCAACAACCAACAGAACUGGGGUUCCCAACCCAUCGCUCAGCAGCCGCUUCAACAAGGUGGUGACUAUUCUGGUAACUAUGGUUACAAUAAUGACAACCAGGAAUUUUAUCAGGAUACUUAUGGGCAACAGUGGAAAUAGACAAGUGAGGGCUUGAAAAUGAUAUUGGCAAGAUCCGAUUGGCUCUAGAUCUACAUUCUUCAAAAAAAAAAAAUUGGCUUAACUGUUUCAUCUUUAAGUAGCAGUUUGCUGCCAUUUGUAUUGGGCUGAAGAAAUCACUAUUGUAUAUAUACUCAAGUCUUUUUAUUUUUUUCCUCUUUUCAUAAAUGCUCUUGGACAUUAUUGGGCUUGCAGAGUUCCCUUAUUCUGGGGGUUACAAUGCUUUUAUCGUUUCAGGCUUCAUUUUAGUUUCAAAAACAAGCUGAGCACACUGUUAAAUCAUGAUUUUGCAGAACCUUUGGUUUUGAACAGUUUCAUUUUUUUUUGGAUUUGGGAUAGAUUACAUAGGAGUAUGGAGUAUGCUGUAAAUAAAAAUACAAGCUAGUGCUUUGUCUUAGUAGUUUUAAGAAAUUAAAGCAAACAAAUUUAAGUUUUCUUGUAUUGAAAAUAACCUAUGAUUGUAUGUUUUGCAUUCCUAGAAGUAGGUUAACUGUGUUUUUAAAUUGUUAUAACUUCACACCUUUUUGAAAUCUGCCCUACAAAAUUUGUUUGGCUUAAACGUCAAAGCCGUGACAAUUUGUUCUUUGAUGUGAUUGUAUUUCCAAUUUCUUGUUCAUGUAAGAUUUCAAUAAAACUAAAAAAUCUAUUCAAAACAUUA